CGGCAGUCCACCAUCAUUGCGCCAUCAGCUGUCUACCUCGAACACGACCAUCCUUGCCUGCCCGUGCAUGCAGCAAGCCCGGACGACGACGACGACGACGCGCCAGUGACACCAGCGCUAGAUACCACCGCAAGAUGACAGGUCCAGCAAAGCGCCAACCUUGCACGACCAGCUACGAGCCCUUCUCGGGCCCGAGAUCACAGAGGCCGAACUCCACGAGAAGUUUAUCUUCGAAAAAGUCAUUGGCAGCGGCGCCACGGCCAAGGUCUAUGCAGCGUACGACCAUGCGAAGGACCGGCGCGUGGCCAUCAAGGUCUUUGACAAGGCGCAGAUGAUCGAGCAGCGCAAAUCGAUUGCUGCUGACGGCUACAACUCGCGCGACACGGCCGUCCAGCGCGCCCGGCGACGCCUCAAGAAGAUUGUCGGCGAGCUCGAGAUCGCAAAGAGCCUUUCACACGCCAAUAUCAUCGAGUACCUCGGCGGCUACGAGACAUCCCAUCGCAUCUGCAUCGUCCACGAACUCGUCGACGGCCACGACCUCCUGCAGCAGAUCCUGGACUACUCCAAGAUGGACGAGCGCACGGCGGCGUAUGUCUUUGAGCAGCUCCUGCACGCCGUCGCCUACUGCCACAGCCAGAACGUCUGGCACCGCGACCUCAAACUAGAAAAUGUCCUCAUCUCGACGUCGCAGCACGUCAAGCUCAUCGACUUUGGCUUGUCGGAGAAGAGUGCCGGCCGCCUCAAGACUGUGUGUGGAACGCCGCUCUACUGCGCGCCCGAACUCCUCUUCCUCAACAGCAACACGCGCGAGACGGGCGUCGAGGGUGGUCCCGCCGACGUCUGGAGCGCCGGCGUCCUCCUCUUUGCGCUCGUGACGGGCUGUGCGCCGUUUGAUGACAGCACGUUUGCCGCGCUGCGUCAAGACGUGUACCGCAACCAAGUCAAGUACCCCGACUCUAUGUCGUCGUCGCUGCAAGAGUUUCUGCGACUGAUCUUUGUGUCGGACGUCCGCCGGCGACCCAGCAUUCCAGAGCUUCUCGCCCACAGCUGGCUGCGAGAGAACGUGGCCGCGUACCACGACGAGGCCCGUGGGUUUCUCAAAGGCCCGCGCACCGCGUCGGUCAUCUCGGACGCCGAGACGGUCGAAGAGUCGACGACAAGCUACGACGAAGAGACGCCCGAAGAUUCGAGUUACCGCGAUUUGCUGUACGAUGAAACCACGGGCAGCUUUGACGACGAGCUGUAUGUGUCGGACGAUGCGUCGUCCCCGGUCCACCACCGCAAGCAAAAGCAUCCUCCGACACGAACCACUUCCCCCAGCUCGUCCUCGAUGACGCACCCCGCGUCGACGCUCUUCGACCACCUCUUUUAACUUAUCAACGUAUUAGCCUCUGUGUUGUUUUAUCCA